GACUGACGAGAAUGAUAGGGUUAUGGGUGACGUUUAUGAUGACCCGGACGACGCCGACGUGACAGGAUACCACAUACGGCAUACGGCACAUACCGACAUACCAAUAUCACAAUUAUCACAUAACUGCGCGUAACCACACAGCACCGAUACCGGGUUGACGGCAUAAACAAGUAUAAACGAAAGGGCAUCGGUAUUUCGCAUUUGAUUUGACGGCCGACGAGUUCAUUUGCAUUCAUUUGUGUGAAUUGAGUUGUGAAAUACUUGCCAAGCAUCAUUUUCGUAUGUUUGUUGUAAGGACGACAAGUAUCAAAUAUUCGACAGUUGAUGUACUAUGAACCGACUGGAUGAUCCGCCGGGGCUCAUGAAAGGCAGAAAACCAUCUUUCAUUGGAAUGAACGGAGCUCCAGAGACAGAUGAUCAACAGCGAUUACGAUUUCAGGUUGAGUUAGAAUUUGUGCAAUGCCUCGCCAAUCCAAAUUAUUUGAAUUUUUUGGCACAGCGUGGCUACUUCAAAGACACAACAUUUAUUAAUUAUCUCAAGUACCUGUUAUACUGGAAAGAACCGGAAUAUGCAAAGUAUUUAAAGUACCCCAUGUGCUUGUACUUCCUGGAUUUAUUGCAGUACGAGCACUUUAGAAGAGAAGUUGUGAAUUCUCAAUGUACAAAGUUUAUUGACGAUCAGCAGAUUCUACUGUGGCAACAUUAUACAAGACGUCGAACAAGACUUCUGCAAACAGCUGCUGAGCAAACGCAACACACUAAUUCUCAGAACAAUGGCAUCGCUCAACCCAAGGUUCCCUGAAAUCGUACUUUCAUAUUUAUUCUAUAUGUCUGAAGAUGUUUUGGAGUUUACAUCUCGUAUGAUUUUUUCAAUAUGGUAGUUUUUUAUGGAAACCGAUUGAUUUAGGUUGUUGCUUGAGAGACUGUGAUAACUCACAAAUUUCCCCACAUUUUUAUCACAUUUCAUUAAAUCAUAUUUCUUUCUUGUAUAAAUACGAAUAAA